AUGACAUCCGAAGAAGCUAUCGAUGUGGUCGCCAAAAAAGACGCGAAAAAGACUGAUGAGUGCUCGAAUUUUGAAAUACCAAACGACAAAAAAGAAAAAGCUGUUGAUGAUCAGAGAGUGAAACGCUCCCAAGAACUUAUGAGAUUAGUGUAUGAGUUACCUGAUGAUAUAAAGGCACCUGAAUUAAUAGAAAAUAACAAUAUGCUUAAAGAAAACCCACCGAUCACAAUUGUUGAAAUAACUGAACAAAAUGGUUGUGCUGAACUAAGUUCUAAUCAAUGUGAUACUUACUUUGAAGAUGGAGACCCACAAAGCUUGGGCAAUACGGUGGUAUUCGAUGUCCUGGCGACGAAUGAACUGAUCAUGCAAUGUACUGAAGAAUUUAAGAAGGUCAUAGAUAGGUCGUCUCCGGAUGAUAGUGAUGUGAGUGAUGAAGACUUGUGUGAGUUAAAGAAAAUAUUAGAAUCAAAGCCAAAGGUUUUAGAGAGGUAUAUCCGUGAGUGCGCGAACACUGAUGAGGUUACAAGGUUACACAAUUUGACGUCACUAGGCCCUCUAUCUCCGAGGCCUCAUCACGAGGCUCGGAGUACUUCAGUGACAUCAGACCUGUUCCAGCUAUGGCUGUCGUCCUCUCCGGUUAAGGUGAGUAAAUUAUACUAUUGUGAUGUCAUUAUUCAAUUGAAUCGUUAUAUAACUUGA